AUGAUUACAAAGGUACAAAGGUUCUUGUACAAAAUAAUUCUGUGUGCUGAAUUUUUCUCGGCGAACGGAAUAUUAAAUGGCCAUGAUAUAAGUAUAGAGAGAGCUCCGUAUCACGUGAAUUAUGGAGAUAUAUGUGGAGGGGCGCUUAUACAUCAACAGUGGGCUUUGACUACGGCACAUUGCGGCGUAGAGAAAGACUUUAUUCGUGUCGGCAGCAGACGACGUCUCGGCGGUGCGAAGGUCGCAGUGCGAAGGCAUAUGGUCCACCCCCAGUAUCGGAGGGAACAUGGGUUCGAUUUCGACGUGCUGCUCCUCCAGUUGCGCAGAAGGCUCCACUUCUCGGAGAGAACAUCGAUGAUAGAGUUGAGCGGUGGAGAGUGCGGUGACACUGUCUUUAUCACCGGCUGGGGCUUCCCUGCGGAGAGAGGUGACUACAAAGACAUUCUUCAGCAAGUUCGAGUGAAUGUAGUACCAAUACAAGAAUGUCAGGGGGUCAAAGAGUUUUGGUACAACCACACACUCACUUCCAGAAUGUUCUGUGCCGGCGGCCGAGAUGGCGACGCUUGUCAGGGCGACAGCGGUGGAGCAGCGGUAUCCUACGGUAGACUGGUAGGGCUGUCCUCUUUCGGCUACGGCUGCGGUCGAAACAUUCCAGGGGUGUACACGAACGUGUCGGACGCGUCAAUUAAAGCCUGGAUAGAACACUACGUGCCUUUAAAUACGCAG